UGGCAUACUACAUGGUAUACUACAUGGCAUACUACAUGGCAUACUACAUGGCAUACUACAUGGUAUACUACAUGGUAUACUAUAUAUAAGUUAGUGUUCUUUGAUCGAUUUCACUUAUCGCAAUAUUACGAUUUUGCAGUAAGUGUUGCUUACAAAUAUUGGGUCGUCAUUAGUAGAUUCAUGGUUAUAUACUGUACGACUUGAUGAUAAUAUAGUACAAAUAAUGGCAUUCAAUCCAUAAAAUUAUUAAGCCAACAAUUAGUUGUUGCUGAGAGAUAAAUGGCCUUAUUAUUGGCAUAGAUUCAAUUGUAGAUAAAAUGUAUGAAAUUAUAAGUUAAUAGAAUGAUAGAGCAUAAUUAAAUGUAAACUUGUUUGUAAUGGUCGAUCGUGUUGCUGUUCAAAAGGGAUCGUGUUGCUGUUCAAAGGCCAGAGGGGAUUGUUGGUAGAGCUCGAGGAAGAAAAGUAUAUAUAAUCAACAAUAUAAUUUAAUACCAAAUUUACGAAUAAAAACGAUCAGUUCUGUUCAUAGCAUUUUAUUAUCAAUAUUUCAGUCCUGUUUGUUGCUAGGCGACAUACACCUGUAGAGUGGUAUGUUGUUACCUGCUGCUAAAACAACUCUGAUUGGUUGCGCUAUCUCAUUAUUAUUCUCAUCGCUACCAUCGCGUCGAGACUUUACCAGAAGCGUCUUGCAAAAUCUUUACUGCACCCAAAAAUGGUUUACGAAAAAGGUAGUCUGCGCAGUAAUAUCAGAGUAAUGAAGACACGAUACUUUUAGUCGCGUUCUAAACGACCUCUUGUUUAAACUGCUUGUUCAUUGCAUGUGAAUUUUAGCGAGAACUGAGCAGUCGAGAGAAAAGCAAUUAACUGAACUUGGCGUCUAAUAUGCUGUUGCGAUAAAUUAAUUCGCUAUCCUGCUUGGAGAUAAACUGUUCCAUCAAACGUUGAUACAAUGAAUUCGAACCCGUUGAAUAGAUGAUGAUCUAACCCUAACCUAGCAGCGACUCGUGUCUUCAGUUCUCGCGAUGUUGAACACCAAUUGAUAGCUAUUUAUCGUGCCGUAUACAAUGGGUUCUUGCUGUAGUGCAAAACAGGCGGGCAGUUUCGAACCUGAUGGUGAAGAUAGAAUGCAAGACGUUGAUGUUGACUGGCCAGCAGUGGAUGUGAGAGAUACUGUGAACACACCUUAUCUUCUUCCUGACGUACGAACAAAUAAUGGUAAAGUAACUCUCGAUUUGACCUCAUGCAAGUUACGAGAUUUUCCUUUAGAAAUCCUGGAAAUCCCACAACUACAAACCUUAAUUCUCAACUCAAACAAUAUCACUAACUUUCCGUACAAGAUCUUUACCUUACGGAACUUAACAGAGCUGUAUUUAAGGAAUAAUGACCUUGAUUUCUUGCCUGCACAAAUCUGCACGCUAGUCCAACUGAAAGUUUUGGAUGUGAGCUGCAACAAAAUUCGAUCUUUGCCUUAUAGCUCGAGUCAUUUGUACAACCUACGUUCACUUAGCCUAAAAUACAACAGCUUAAAUAAUCUGCCCAACAGUUUGUACUACCUUAUUAAAUUAGAAUAUCUUAAUCUGGAGGGUAAUAAUCUACAUGCUAUACCAGAAGUCAUCAUGAAGCUCAAGAACAUAGAAAUAUUGAUUCUAAGUGAUAAUUCUAUUGAUAGCCUACCAGUUGGCUUGAACCAGUUGAAUACUCUUAAAAAACUAUACUUGGAUGACAACCAGUUGAAAGAAAUACCCAAAUCUCUGCAACCCUACCUACUGGACUUAGAAACCUUGGAUCUGAGUAAUAACUCAGCUGAGAUAUCGCUAGAAAACAAGAUUACUACAUAUAGAGAAAAAGAAAAAAAGACCAAAGUACAGCCUAGUAAAGGCGAGAAAAUCAACGGGAAUCCAUCCAAUAUCAUUGCAAUAGAUAAAACUGCAGUCUUUUCAGAUAUAAAUCUGGAUGAAAGCGACAGAGAAGACAAUAGAGAAAUGUUCAAAGGAGAGAGGAGUUACGAGUAUUUGAAAUCAUUUGAUGCUGAACCAGAUGCAAUAGAACGCAUGCGUAGAGGAGCCAGCACUGCAAAGUUGAGGACACAAGAGGCUCUAAGACCUUCUCCAAAGUGGGGAAUACUUGUGCGAGAGCUACGAAAGGCGGGCUUCUUACCAAAAGUGAACGUAAAAGUUCCAAAACUGCGCAAAGAAAAGAAAAAGACCAAAUCGAGAAAAAAUCCAUCACAAAUAACUUGGCGAGGAUGGAGAGUAGACGUACCUAGAAGACCCGUAAUAACAAAUGUUGAUGAGAAUAAAGAUGAUAAGGCAGGAGAACUGGAUAGAUACGGUCAUCCCACAGCAAUCACCAGGCUCUUUCCUCCAGUAGAGGUGCUAGAAGGUGUUAUAACACUGGAUAUGACUUUACACAAACUACAACAUUUCCCAGUCAAACUAUGCCAGCUAAGAAACCUGGAUAUCCUCAUGUUGGACUAUAACAAGAUUCACGACGUACCACAGGCAAUACGAAACCUAAGUAGGUUAAAGGCUUUACAUCUUACUAGUAAUGAACUGGAAACUCUGCCUGAGAACCUGAGAUACCUGAAUGAACACCUCAARAUCUUGUACCUGAAAGACAACAAACUCAAAGUGCUGCCUGACUGGAUCAUUAGUUUUCUCUCACUUCGAUUUCUAUCGUUAGAGAACAAUAAGUUGAUUUGUUUUCCAGGUGAAUUAUGUUCUUUGCUUUCCCUGGAAUCUCUCGUCCUCACUGGAAAUCGACUUGUUGAACUUCCACAAGAAAUAAGAAGACUUCGAAAGCUUAAAGAACUGUAUCUGGGAAGAAACAGAUUAACGCACCUUCCUUACAGCAUCACGGAGCUAAAAUCUCUUAAGGUAAUGAGUCUAGAAGAAAAUGGAUUGGAGUCGAUACCAUAUUCAGUAUUCGGUGUCCAGAGUCUAUCUACAUUACAUUUGCAAGGGAACAGCAUUCAUUCCAUUCCUACAGAUAUCAGUGCAUUAAAAAACCUACUGGAAUUGAACAUCAGUAAGAACGACAUUACAGAAUUACCCUAUGGAUUUCGUCAGCUGGAAAAUCUGCAAGUUCUGUCUUUACGAGCCAACAAGAUCGAGAACUUCCCAGAAGAUCUUUGCAAGCUACCAAACCUACGGACGCUAGAUAUCAGUCUCAAUAGAAUAUCAUUCCUUCCUGAUUACGUUCGUUACAGUGUCAGUGAAAUGGAAGAAAUACUGGAGCUGGACCUUUCCUUCAACCGUCUAACCUCACUCCCCAAAUCUAUAGGAAAACUGUUCAAGCUACAGACUUUCCAUAUUGAAGGAAAUCCCUUAGCUGGACUUCCAGACACGUUAGUACAACUUGUCAACCUUCAAAAACUAUACUUAGACAAAGUUAUAAAGAUACCAAUUGGAAUUUACAAAUUAAAACAUCUGGAAAUUCAUUAGUAUAGCGGUCUUGUUCCUGUGAAUGAAGAAUGUUACAGUGCCCGGCGUUACCUUGGCAACCAAGGUCUGCAGCAUAAAUAACUAAACUAAAACUUCUAGACAGAAUCUAGUAUGGGGAAUUAAAACCCGCUGGAUUAGAUUUGUUGACUAACUUCAUUACUUGGUUUCUAUGAUCGUCCAGUUUAAUUAUAGAUGAGGACCAUUCUGGCACUUUCCUAUCAUUAGUAACCGCCAGCCUUAUCAAGUAGCUAGAUAAGUGAGAACGCUAUGAAUAACACCCUUCACAUACUGAGGGUUCAACUUUGCUUCAGUCGAAAUUAGGGCCAGGAUUCGUUAAUCCAUUGUAAUGAUUGACUUUUACUGACUAUGAAAUAUGUGUUUCGUUUUGAUGAUAUUCAGGGCCUUCAAUAUGUUUCUAGCAAGGUCUUAAGCUUUUAACACUUGUUUUUGUUAGGAGAUAACCAUAAAUGGAAAAUUAUCGAUGCCUCGUGUAAAAUAUUAAUAAGCCAUUUUUAGUAAAGAAACUUCAGAAAAUAUAUGUAUAUAUUGUUUAUUUUUUUCUUCAAAGAUAGCGCAAGAAAUGAAUCAUCGUUAUUUUUGUUUCAUUUUUUCAUGGCUGAUCGGCCAAGCAGGCGUUGUGUUGCGUAGUGUCUGUGUGGUUGAGCGAUAGAGAGUGUCCUAUGAUGUCAAAACGGAUGAUAACAGUAUGAAUAAACAUAUCGAUUUAAUCAG